GAAAUACUCCGUUUAGAGUUUAUCAGACGCUUAACAUAUUGAAGAAGACCUUAUAGUUAGAGAUAACUAGUAUAACUAAUUUUUAAUUUGGAAUUAGAUUGUUGCCGCUGUUUAUUUGAGUUAAUUUUAAAGGCAAUUAGUAAGAUAUUCAUAUAAUGGGGAAUAGCCCGUCUAAGAAUGAUGCUCUACCGAAUACCUCAACCUCUUCAUCUUCAGGUCAAGGAUUGACUCUGUCUGCUUCCUCUGGUACUGGUGACUUGGAACCAGAUGAGUCAGCGCCCGCGCUAUCUCAAUUAAAUAAUUAUACAAAACGUCCCGAAACCCACCUUCAAAAUGACGGAAAUCUUAAAUCUGGUGGUUUUAUUUCUUCUUCUGCUCCUUCUGCUUUAACCAAAGCUAUUUCCAUUUCAAAUUCAAAAUGCAUUCCAACCCAGGAUGCUCCUUCUCAAAUUAGUAAUCAGAAAUCAAGUCUGUCAGAAUCUUAUUCUGAUAUAAAGAAAUCUAGUAAUUUUGGUGGUAGUUCACCUAAAAAGAUUCCCAAAAAUAAUAAUAUUAAAAAUAAGGGUAAAUAUGGUUUAAGUAAAGGUUCUUCAAAUGAUGCUGACUUGGAUCUUGAAAUUAACCUUAGUAUGGCUCGUUUAUUAACUUCAAAUAAUAAUUUAUCGGUUCCGGAUUGCAGCAAUUCUUUAGAUAGUUCUUCGUCAACUUUGGCUUCACCGGUAUUUACUACAAAUGAUACCAAAGAUGAAGAUCUGCUAUCCUCGUUUGGCUCUACUGGUUCUCCAACCGUUUCAGUUAAUGGUACCAUUACUAAUGCGGCUUUUGCUAAACCUAAUGAUGGUACAAAUUUUGAUGUUUCAGAUUAUUAUAAAAAUUUAGAACCAAUUGUGGAAAGAUCUUUGGAAUCAACUCCUGAACCUAAAAAGGCUUCUCCAAAGAAGAAUAAUUUAUCACGUCAAUCAAUAACAAAAGCUAAAGCUAUUGCUAAAGCUGAUUUGGAUUCUCAAGUGAUUAAGCGUUCUUCUUCAGCUUGCUCUUCAAAUUCUUCUUCCCCACCUUUAAUUCCUCUGAAUUCAAAAAAAUCGGAAAUUGACAUUGAUUUAAUCAUUGACCGUUUAUUAGAAAUCGGUAUGAAAAAACCUUUGGGUGGUUAUUCUUCAAAUUCUCGUCGCUCAAAGGAUAAGUUACCAAUAACUUCCAAUGAAAUUAAAUACAUCUUAUCAAAGUCUAGAUCCAUCUUUUUGGAUCAACCAACUUUAUUAAGAUUAUCACCUCCAGUUAAAAUCGUGGGUGAUAUUCAUGGUCAAUUUCAUGAUUUGAUUCGUAUCUUUAAUGCCUGUGGUUACCCUCCCUAUACAAAUUAUUUAUUUUUGGGUGAUUAUGUUGAUCGUGGUUGUAAAUCUUUAGAAACAAUGUUAUUAUUACUUUGUUAUAAAAUUAAAUACCCGGAAAAUUUCUUCAUGUUGAGAGGUAAUCAUGAAUCAGCAAAUAUUACUAAAAUUUAUGGAUUUUAUGAUGAAUGUAAACGUCGUUUACCCCUUAUCACUGGAUCUCAUAAACUUUGGAAAAAUUUUGUUGAUGUAUUUAAUACUUUACCAAUUGCCGCCACUAUCAACGAUAAAAUUUUUUGUAUUCAUGGAGGUUUAUCCCCAGAAUUAACCAAUUUUAACCAAAUUGAAAAUAUUAAACGUCCUACUGAUAUCCCCGAUAAAGGUUUACUAGCAGAUUUAUUAUGGUCAGAUCCUGAUUCUCUGAUUAAAUCUUUUAGCCUUGCUAAUUGGCCUAAAAAUGAUCGUGGGGUUUCUUAUUGUUUUGGUAAAAAACAUGUGGAUUAUUUCUUAUCAAAAUUCAAUAUGGAUUUAAUUGUCAGAGGUCAUAUGGUUGUUGAAGACGGUUAUGAGUUCUUCAAUAAACGUAAAUUAGUUACAAUCUUUUCUGCUCCUAAUUAUUGUGGUGAGUUCAAUAAUUAUGGUGCAGUAAUGAGUGUUGAUAAAGCUCUUUGCUGUUCCUUUGAAUUACUUAAACCUCAAUAA